AUGAAGUUUUUCCCAAUCACUAUUACUAUUUUCUUUUACUUUAAUGUUUUACAUGUUGAUGCAACUGAGAAGUUUCAUAAGCCUACUUAUAACGAAGAAUUUAAUUCCUCCAUUACAAAAGUGACAAAUUUUAUUAUGGAAAAUUAUCAUUCUGAAUUAGCUAAUAAUUGUACGAAAUGGAUUACUGAAUUAGUCACUAUUUUCAAUUCUAAAUAUAAUAAGAGACAAGAAUGUAAAUUCAUUUUAACUAAAUUAUUUCAACAUAAAUUAACUCAUAUGAUUGAAGAUAAAGAAUCUGAAGAUUCAAAUUUAAUUCAAGAACAUAACUGUAAUCAAAUUAUUAAAUCAUUACAAUUUGCAAAUAAUUUUGCUCCAAAGGAUAUGUAUAAGAGGGCAGCAAAACAUGUUACUACUCUUACCAAAAAUCAAUUUAAUGAAAUGCUAAAAAUAUUUACCAGAAAUGAAACUAAUUCAGAUACUUCUUAUAAUUCAUUAAUUAAGGAUUUUGAAUUAAAUAACAACGUCAAUUUAAUUAAAAGGGAAUCUAGAUUUCCAAGGACUGAAUUAUUUUUAAAACAUUUGACUAUUGUUUUAGUAAUGGCAGCAGGUUUAAUGGAUACAUGUGGUAACGUAUCGAUGUUUCUAUGUCGUACAAUGUUGAUCCUCUUUGUCUUUACCUUGACAUAUUGGAUGGUGGAAGUGUCAAGGAUCCUGUUUGAUAUGAACUUCUUAACAGUUGAGAAUAUUCUGCCUUUGUAA